ACUGACUUCACUGCCAUAUUUCGUAACAUAGAAGACCUCUCCAUCAUCCACGCUAUAUUUCAUAGUAUGUGCAGUCGUUCUGAAACAAAUCUCUGAAACAGAUACCACUCCUCCAACAGGCAACUUCAUAGCUAGUAUGGCUGUGACAGCAGAUCUCUGCUCCGCACUUACCAUCAUAAGCGCUGCAGCAGACGCAGAUUUUCAGCCUUAUCGUUAUCAAACCCAACAUGCAUUCCUUAGGCUUGGAAGACUUCUCGGCAUAAAUGUGGAUUUAAAUGGACCCGGAAGUCUAUCACACCAAGUAUUCCCUCUGGAUCACAAUACGGAGCAACCAAAUGCGGCUGAUGAUGGCCUACUCUUGCAGUACUAUGGCGGAGGCUAUUGCGAUGGCCGACGAACAUCCUGAUUCC